AUGAUCCUGAUGUAACUCAUGUCCACCAUCGCAAUUUUUUGAAACAGAAUGUGGUUUUUAAGGAGGCUGUACCUAUUAAAGACCCAGUAUUGCUGUCAAAGAUACAUCAAACAUACAGAGUUGGCUAUAUGAAGGAUGUCAUUUUGCCUCGAGCAUUAGAUGAUGCUACUGCUACUACGCUUGCUAACGUAAUACAUUCGAAUAAUGCAUUUGUUAUAUCUGUCCUGAAAGACGACAACACAUUCAUUCACGAACUAUUUGCAAAGCUAAAAUCUUCAACAGUUUCGGGCGAGUCAAAGAAAAAUUUGGUACGUUUCUUGCAUGAGUUCUGUACUUCAAGUAAAAGCCUGCAGAUGGUCCAGCAGCUUCGACUCUUCAAGGAUCUUGUCAAUGAAGGCAUCUUUGAUAUUGUCAGUGAUGUGUUGCAGAGUCAAGACAAAAAACUAAUAUUAACAGGGACAGACAUUCUCAUUCUUUUCAUGAAUCAGGACCCAAACCUUUUGCGCUCUUAUGUAACUCGUCCGGAAGGCCUUUCCUUGUUUGGGCUUUUGGUAAAAGGCAUGUUGACUGAUUUUGGAGAUGAUAUGCACUGCCAGUUCCUUGAAAUUCUUCGCAGUCUUUUGGAUUCAUAUACAUCGGGAUCACAGAGAGAUAAUAUUGUUGACAUAUUCUAUGAGAAGCAUGUUGGACAACUAAUUGAUGCCAUAACGUCUUCUUGUCCUCCAAACAACAAUUCGCAAAUUGCUAUCAAUUCUUUGAGCUAUUGUGAAGGAGCUGAGAAGCAGAGCAGUGUAAAGCCUGAAAUUCUACUCAACAUUUGUGAUCUUCUGUGCUUCUGUAUCGUGCACCAUCCUUAUAGAAUAAAGUGUAGCUUUCUUCUUAACAACGUGAUAGAGAAAGUACUGUUGUUGACUGGGAGAAGAGAAAAAUAUCUUGUAGUAUCUGCAGUUAGAUUUAUGCGAACUCUCAUAUCUCGGAAUGAUGAGCAUGUAAUGAAUCACAUAGUGAGGAACAAUCUUUUGAAACCAGUUGUUGAUGCUUUCGUUGCCAAUGGCUGUCGGUAUAAUCUUUUGAAUUCUGCUGUUCUUGAACUAUUUGAAUACAUCCGUAAGCCAGAAACUUUAAAAAUGUUACUUAAAUAUUUGGUGGAUACAUUUUGGGACCAGCUAGUCAAAUUUGACAACUUUUCAUCUAUUCAAUCUUUAAAAUUAAAAUAUGACCAGGUUCAUGAUACCUCAGGAGGACGAACUGUUUCUAAUGUGAUUAACUCUCGGAAAAGAGGUGAUGAACGUGCUUUGGAGAAAGAAGAGGAAGACUAUUUUAAUCAGGACAGUGAUGAUGAAGAUUCUGCAUCGGUUUCUGUGUCAAAUGCUAAACAACGAACCCAACCUCGGCGAGUCUUGGCUAAUAAUGGUUCUGCCCUCAGCCAUACAGCAGUUAGGUCUGGGGGGCUUGUUGAUUAUGAUGAUGAUGAGGAUGAUGAAGAUUACAGACCACCCCCUAAGAAACAAUCAGGUCCAUCUAAUGAAGAUGGAGGAGUAGAGUCUUUCCCGUUGAAACGGAAACUUUGCUCCAAGGAAGAGCCCAUCUCAAAAAGGGUUCACCGGGCAGCAUCUAAAACAUCAAAGUCACGUAAUAGUGUCUUUGCUGCAUUGUGCUCAACAUUAAGCCAAGCAGUUUUGCCAACUAAUAACAAGACAGCAAAUAUUGCUUCAGGGGGUGAUUUAGCCUCCACAUCAGACGCAAAGGAGUCAACUACUGAAGCUAGCCGUGAGAAAAGUUGUGGGGACUCUGAUUGUAAUGGAAGCUCCGAAACUAAGAGUAGUGUCGAUAAGGAUGCGGUUUCUUCUCCUGCAGCCUUUUCCCAAGGUUUAUCAUCCAAUUCUCCUGAUAAUAAUAACAGGCAGUUUCGAGAGAUGCAACCAAAGUCUUCUCCUGAAAUGGCUGUGAACGGAUCGUGAUUUCAUGCUCUUUGAGAAUAAUCACAUUUCUCCUUUCACAUCUCUGGAUUAGUUGCAAAGUGGAAUGAAGGAAUACUUACCUUCAGAAGAUGAUGAUUGCCAUCGUUACCAGAAAGAGGUCACAAUGUACAGUGCCAUUGUAAGCACAGGGAGAUUAUCUCUGCCAUGCUUUAAAGCUUCAGCGCGAAUCAUUUACUCCUGAAGCCAUUCCAUAGGGGCAUAGUUUUUUCUUUAUUUAAUCAAAUCUCAUUUUCGUUCUCCAUUUUAUUUUCUUCAUUAUGUAUGUGAAUGUCUUAAGUGACUGACUUACUGGUGGCAAGCUUCACCCUGCAGGGUUUUAUAUUUGACGAUAUGAAAUUUUGAAAUAGCGGGUGUUUGAAGGAUGUGCUUGUUUUAUGUCCUAGGCUUCUCUUCACUUGUUAUGUAAUUUUAACCCGAAAGAAAAUUGUACAUUAUGGUUCCCAGGAGACAACAAAUGUGUGGAUAUUAUAUCAAUCAUAUUUGAUCUGAAUGUGAUAUUUACUAGCUGUUUGUGCGGUCAU